AGAAUCUGGGGUCCAGAUCAAGGCAGCAGAUGCCUCAAGACCCGCCAAUCCGGAAUCCCCUUUGUGAAACAUGCUGGAUCUCAUGCAAUGCCGCGCGCUGUUGCUGGCCUUUUUCGACCUGCAGGAGCUGGCCUGCUCUGAAGGGGGACGGAUUGUGGAGGAGCGAAAUAAUGUGGUGCACGCCCUGGAGAAGAAUCGCUCGCUCCAGGAUUUCGUCACCAGUGGGCAGUUCCCCAGGCCAGCUUUGCGCGGCAAGCCGUUGCAGGAACUCUACCAACGCUACAUGAAGGGGCUGAGUGACAAGGACGAGGAGCUCGCGGACGCCUUUGCCUUCGUGCGGCUUUUGGAUUUAGCGAGGGAAGCCUUGUACGAAGAAAAGGAGGAGCUCGUGGCCCCUUGGCUGCCUGAGGCGCUUUGCGAGCUGAAGAUGCAGGGCUUCGACUUGGUGCAGCUCAAGGCGGUGAACCGUUUGCGGAACGCGUUCAAGUACCAGACCUCGAAGCGCCUCGAGAUUCCUCAGGGGAAGGCCAGCCAGAUCGCAAAGCAGUUGAACGAGAUGUCCCUCUCAACGGACGUGGAGGUUCGCGAGGCCUUGGUGGGCUUGCUCCCGGAGGAAUGCCACCCGCACCUCUCUCUUGACCAACUUUGGGCCGACUACCGGAACGAAGUCGGAGGCGAGCCGAAGCCGAUCGAGCUGCCUGGCGCCUUACACUUGCUGGGAACGCAUUGGUUCAAGUGUCGUGCGGCGCCCCGGCUCCUUGCGAAGUUGGACGUGCAGCUCAACGCUGACAAGUUGUUUGCCGCAAGCGACGGCGCUUUCUUCCACGAGGCCCUGAAGAUCCUAACGGACAAGUAUGCCGACCUUAAGGAGGUGCCGGACAUAGGGCCGCUGCUGCUGGGGCAUGGCAAAGUGAAAGACUUGGAGACGCGCUUGCGGCAACGCGCCAGUCGGGAGAGUCGUAGAUAGGUACCCCAUGCGCAAGCAGCCAGCUGUCCGCCUGCUGCUUGUACCCAAGGCAUUUUGUCGCCUGCAGCAUCCAAUGCGUUUGUCGCCUGGCUGGAGGUUUGCCGCUGUACAGGUUGGAUUGCACGAGACCAGCGCAUGUACAGAAUCGACAUUCACGGCGCAUGAAAAUGACAGC